AUGGCUGAUCCGGAAAUGACGGCGAAUAUGCCAGCAGAUCAUAUCGUCAUCCAAUUCACGAACUUAAAAGACCUUGAGCACACGGCAGAGCGUGUCCACGACUCCCUGAACAAGAAAGGAGACGGAAACCAGUUCAUUAUCAUCCACGGGCUGACCAAAAAAGCCCGCAAGCAGCUGGACAGCGAAGAACGGGCUCUGGACGGCAUCCCAUACCGAUUCAUGUUCGACAAUACCACCGGCAUCAUCAAAAUCCUUACUUAUGAGCACGAUGCCAUAACGAUCAACAUCACCCGCCAGAUCGAUCUUCUCUGCCUCGCCUGGGGAAUCAACCCUAUCGCAGAAUUCACAUGGGGUAUGGCCACCACCCGGCUUCUCUGUGCAAGGAGCAAGGGCAAACAGCCGGAUCAAUGUCUCUUCCCCAACUCCGGGACCCCGCGAGACCGUGCGGCCUGGCCCACUCUGGUGGUUGAAGCAGGAGUCGUCGGGUCACUACCCCGGCUCCGCGAAGACGCAAGGUGGUGGUUGCGCAACUCCCAAGGAGAGGUGCGGAUUGCCAUCGUCCUUGGUAUGCAUCGCCAGAGACGGAAGUUGAUUAUCAAGAAAUGGCAGCAGCCUGCGGCUUCUCCGCAAGCUUACGCUGCGCAGACUACUGAAAUCAGCUCAGAUACUGCUUCUGGUACUCCUCUUGUUCUUCCUUUUGAGGAGCUAUUCAACCGACCACCACAGGGCAGGGAGACUGAUAUCGUGCUGGCGGAGGAACAGCUUAGGUGCUGCAUGCGCUGGGCAUGGCAAUUGGCGGAUUGA